AUGCCACCAAAAAAAGAACUUAAAUUCGAUUUGCCAGAAGAAGAUGCACGAAUUUCUCCAGCUGAACAUAGGACAUUCAGAAAAAGCCUAUUUGCAACACAAACCGAGGAUGAAGAUUCACCACCACAGUCAAGAACAUUCAGAAAAAGUACAUAUCCUGAUGACAACGAUAAUGGAUCGGAAACAAGCUCAAGAAAAUACAGGAAGAGUAAAUAUCCAGGACAGGACGAUGAUGAUGAAUUGGACAGAAAGUCAAGAAUAAGCAAUCUCGUCGGUUCCAGAGCUCGUUACUCAACAAGAUUAACACAAAUGUUCACAAACAUUAAAAUAAGACGUGAUCGACAAUCAUCAAUACUACGUCCAGCAGAAAUCUUCAUGCCAACUUAUCGUAUGGAAUCUCAAAAGCCUUUCGAUCCGAGAAUUGUUGAAGAUUUCCUUGAAAGUCGCAUCAAAGACAGACUCGAUGAGCACGAGAAAUUUGAAUUUGACAAUACCAAGUCCAUGCAUUCAAUAGCUCGAAAAUUGUCCGAAGAAAUUUUGUUGGAAGUUAAAAAUUAUGAAUUUGAUCGCUACAAAAUUUUUGUGUCUGUAACAAUCGGUCAGAAAAUGUAUCAAGGAUUUGACAAGAGUAUUGCAGUGCUGUGGGAUGUUAAUAAUGACACAAUGGCAACUUUUGUUUAUGAGCGGAACAAUGUGUUUGGAUUGUUUAAUGUUUUUGGUGUUUAUUUUGACUGA